AAUCGGUGAUUUCCAUCUAGAGUUUUUAUUUUUUGCAAGGGAAAGAAAACAAAUCUGGUUUGAAUUGCUGUAACAUAUUUUGUUUUUAUAAGUUUUUGAUUACGUAUUGUUUGUCAAACAUUGUAAAUUUUUGUGACAAAAAAUGCAACAAACAAAUAUAGUUUAAUUUUUUGUGUGUUUUGUGUGGCCACUGUAUUGUGAUUGUGUAUCGUUUGUUCUGACGCAAAAAGUUUUCUGGAGAAAAUCAAUUAAAAUAACAUCAAUUAAAUAGACGCUGAAAUGGGUCCCGACGGAAAUAAUAACUUGCUUAAUAAUUUAAUGUACCGUAAUGUGCGGCAGUCAAGUGAGAGCCAAAGCGAAGCCUCGUCAUCGGCUGAAAGCGAUUGGAGCGAUAUUAACAGUAUCGCUGCACAAAUGGGCUUGCAUCCAAAGGAUUUGUGCGUCGAACGGUUUAAGGUUGAUCGAAAUAAGCUGGAGACUCUGAUCAAGGAUGCAUCGCCGACCGAGGGCAUGAAUGCUGCCGAAUGUUUUUUUGAUAAUGUUAUCAAAAUGACUGGGACUCGCAUCAGCUGGCCAUGCCGCUUGAAAAUUGGUGCAAAAACGAAGAAAGAUCCACAUGUGCGCAUCGUUGGAAAAAACUCGGACGUCAUGAAAGCCAAAGAGCAAAUUUUGAACCGGUUGGACUCUCGUGGCUGUCGUGUAAUCAUGAAAAUGGAUAUUUCGUACACUGACCAUUCAUAUAUAAUUGGACGUUGUGGUAACAAUAUUAAGAAGAUCAUGGAAGACACAAUGACUCAUAUUCAUUUUCCUGAUUCGAAUCGUUCGAGCCAAACGGAAAAAAGUAAUCAGGUAUCGUUAUGUGGUAGCUUGGAAGGCGUUGAAAAAGCACGCGCAUUAGUUCGUUUGUCGACACCGUUGAUUAUAUCGUAUGAAUUACCGAUGAGCGUUCCUGGUCAUCCAAUUCCGGAUAAUAAUACUGAAUACGUUAAGGAAGCCGAAGCCACUUACAAUGUUCAAGUGAAAUUUUCAUCGCGUCCCAAGUUGAACUCAUCGGUUGUGGUUAAGGGAAGCGAAAAGGAAGCUGAAAAGGUCCAAGACGCCGCCCGUCAAUUAUGUUUAUAUAUGUGUGGAAAUCCCCAAAUUCAGGUCAAUUUGCAGCUGCGAAUUUCACCACAACAUCAUGACAUCGUUAAAGGCAAACAUAACGUUGAAGUCCGAAGAAUAAUGGAAUAUACGAACACAAAGAUAAUAUUUCCGGACUUGAGUGACGCAAACAUAAAGCAGAUAGAAAAAUCUCUUGUGACUAUCACGGGUACCAUUGAUGGCGUUUACAGAGCCAGACAACAGCUCAUUGGUAAUUUGCCGGUGGCUCUGAUAUUUGAUUAUCCGGAAAAUUCGGUUAAACAAGAGGACAUUAAUGCGCUCAUGGAACAAUUUGGAGUUUUCAUUGCGGCCCGUCACAAACAACGACAAAGUACUUUGUGCAUUGUCAUAAAAGGAAUCGAGAAAUACGUCGGUAAAAUCUACGAGGCUCGCCACAAACUUUUAAAUUUACCAAAAAGCUCUAUUGUGGAAGCCGAAAUACCAGCCACGUACUAUUCGUCGGCCGAACCGGAGUACAAUACAUCGGCUUUGGUUGAAAUUUUAUCAAGUGUUCCAAAUAGCCCUCUGACACCUGGCGGCUUACUACAAAAUUUCACACCGACCUUUCCAAAUCCAUCAUUUCACAAUCAACUUAAUCGAGUUCCCGAUUUUGCCAGCUUGACACCGGAAAAUCUACGCUUUCAUGCACUGCAACAACAAGCACUUCAACAACAAGUGAACGGUCAAAAUAUUGCGACACAUCUUGGUUUAAGUGUUAAUCCAUCUUAUUCACCGGCUCAUGCAAGUGUUUCGCCACGGUCUUCAAGCACCAAAACUAGCGGAUAUCAUUCGAAUAAAUUCUUUAAUAUCAGCGGCAGCGCUAAUUCACUUGAACAAUUGUAUCCACCAUACAAACCAAGCAUUCAAAUAAACGGCAAUGGUGUUAAUCACUUUCCGCAUUCAGAUAAUCAAAUAUUUGUGGGCAAUUCGACGAAUUUAACACGCCAAGCAAAUGUUUCGAAUGAAAGCAGCAAUCAUCCAUUCGAAAUGGAAAAUCGACUGUUGACACCUAGCUAUCACUCGCCAAGAUCAUUGGAAUUCGAGAGACAACGCAUUGAAGGACUAAAGGCCAUCGAUCGUUUCGAUCUAAAUAGAGAACAAGUUCGAAUACCAACCGAUGCAUGGGCUAAGUUUUCUCUAAGUAAAACGUCACCGUUUGCAUUGGAAUCAGCGUCAGCGGGUGUAUCACAAUGGGCUCACCGUGAAAAGCUCCAUUUUGAUAAAGCUGCUACCACCGGUCUCAUCGACAGUGUGCCAUGGAAUGAUCGCGUACCAUUGUCUCAGUUCAAAGACAUGCACUCUCUUUUAAGCCACUUAAAACUCGAGCAUUACAUCAGUAAUUUUGUGGUCGAAAAAAUUGAUAUCAAGAUGUUUGCAACGUUGACGGGAGAAGAUUUACUUGAGCUGAAUAUCAAUGCGUUGGGUCCGCGAAAGAAGCUGCUAUUGGCAAUAAAACAACUAAAGGCCGAGACGCAGCCAUCACCGCCGUCUAGCGAAUGGGUUCAAUUAUCAGAUUUCAAAGAUAUUCCGUCAUUAUUCACACAUUUGGAAAUGAAACAUCACAUUGAGAAUUUCUUGCAAAAUGAAAUCGAUAUGAAAACAUUCCUAACACUGACCACCCAUGAAUUGGCCGAACUUGGUGUUAAAUCAUUUAUUGAGAGAAAACGACUACUAAUGGCCAUCAAUCAAUUGAAAUCGGAACGAUUCGCUGGUUCGGCAGCGCCUGGUGCCGAACGUCGAUCAAGCGCCGGAUUAAUACCCGAGCCCAAGUUAUUCCACAUUUCCUAGAUUUAUAGAUAUUUAAAUAAUGUACAAAGUACAAAAUCAAAAGUACAAAAAGAGUACAAAAAGAGUACAACAGCCAAUGCAUACAACAAAUUUUUAAUUAAUCGAAGAGAAAAGUAGAACUUUUUUUUUGUUAAACAAUUUAUCAAUCAUCAUAUUAAAAUCGAAAGACCAUGUGGAUAUGAUGAGAUACAAUUACGAAUAUAAAAUAGGUUGAAAUGUGCAUGCAUGAGUUGCGGUUUAUUUUUGUAUAUUUUCAAAUAAUUUCGUUUGCAAAACAAACGAUUUUUAACAUCACUAAAUAUGAAUAUAUUUUUUUCAUACACUAUUGUAUAGCGCACGGGUCAGAUAUAUAUAUAUAUGAAAAGUUUAAAAACGAUUAUUUUUAUUUAAAUUUGAACAAUUUUUCGCAUACAUGCACACACACAUAUUUUAAAUGAGUAAAUAAAAAUCAAAUUCACAUGGAUAAUAAAUUAUUUUGUCGACAGUUAACCGAAAAGGAGAGAAAUUAAUAUAAAUCGCAAUUAAACCGCAAAAAAUAAUUAUUAUAAUGAGAAAUUCGAUCAACGACAAUCCACUUCGAAAAGAAAGCAGCAACAAAAACAAAUACAAAAUUACAAUAUACAUAUAUAUACAUAUAUUGAUAAAAAAUAAUAACAAAAAUCCUUUAAUGAAAAUGAGGUAUCUCAAAUGGAUGAUAGGCAAACAUAUUAAUUCAUAAAGACACGUAUUGUUUGAUGCGAAAAAUAGCACAUUUUUAAUUUGAAAAAAAUAGCAUGAAAAGUAACAAAAAAGAAAAUUUAACGCAAAACAAUGUAUGCAAUGAGCUGGCUCUACAACAUAUUUCUCUCACUCUCUACAAAUUGAUAACAAUUCAUUACACACUGCAUGUUUAAUUAUUGUAAAUAAUGUUUUCUACAUUAUUCAUUGUAAUCAUAAUUCUUUCACCUAUAAAAAAGCACAAUUUCAAUUUCCGAUUUUCAAUUAUCAAAAUAUUGUUUGAAAAAAAAAACACCUUUAAAAACAGAUA